CGCGAUAUCAGAGUAACCAAUAGGCGCGCAGCCGCGGUUAGUCAAAUCCAAAGGGCGAGUUCAUGACUUUAGUCUGCUUCUCUGUCGUGGACUUGUUCGAGCACGACUUACGAAGGAAUUGGAAAAACUACAAAAGUUCCAUCAGUGAAGCGUUCGUCAAUACUGCAGCAUGAGCACCGCCCAGGCUUCCAGAAGAAACUUCAGCACUAAGGCUGUGAAUAAGGAGAACACAGAACCUGGACAUGGACCCAAGUCCUUCAUCAGAAGGGAUGCACAGAAGGCACCAUUCCAGCAAGAACGCAUCAAGGCGGCACAAGCCCUGGCAAAUAAAGCUCUCGCUGAAGCCACAAAAGGAGCCGCAAAAUCGGCUCCGGAGGUGGUCCAGAGGAGAAUUGCUUCCAGACAGGUUGAUAGAGUCGGCCAUGUUGGUGGUAACGCCAAGCCACGGCCAACACAGAACCCGGCACCCAUUGGAAGGCAAAGACAAGUUGUCCCAGACGCUCCCAAACUACAACAGGCCGCAGCCAAAUCUGCCCUGGGCAUGUACAAAGGCAAGGUCAUCCAGUCGAAAAUUGGGUCGAUUUGGAAACAAAGCAAUGACGGAGAGGAAAAGCAUGUUGGUACGGAGAGAGCAGGGAACCUGGCCAAAAGUCGGUCCAAGUCUGUGUCCGACACAAGGCCACAUGGCACACAAAAACCAGCCCCACAACGGUCUAAGUCUCUUGUAGAUAGAAGUAAACCAGGAGCGAAGCCCACUGUCACGACACGCCCCCUGGUGGCUGCUUGUCCUCCAGCAAGAGUGGCCCCUCCAGCGUUGAGCCGGAACACUUCUGUACCUCCCAAAGGAAAAAGUGGGGCUCAGGCUUUAAAGCCAAAGGUUGCAGUGACAGACAGGAAGGUCAACAAGCCUCCUGUCGUAAGCACCCUGAGCCAGUACAGAACCACAGAGUCCAAAGAGGAACGAAGGGCUCGACUGGCAGAGUGGCUGGCAUCCAAGGGCAAGACUUUGAAGAGACCCGCCAUGACCACAACAGUCAGCACAGCUUCAGUUAGACCAAAGGUCCCUCAACGUAAACCAGAACCAAGCGUGCAAACUGACAAGGAGGGGUCUGUUGCUGAUGUUGAAGACAAGAAGCCUGAGCCGGUCACUCACAAGCAAACCCCUGUGAUCAUGAACACCACGCUGGACCUUCUGGAGAACUCGGACGUGACAGAGGAUGUGCACGACGGGGUGGAUAAUGUUGUGGUGAACCUGUGUGAUGCCUUGGAAGCCAUGGAGAUGCCUUCCAGAUGUCAGGAUGAACCUCCUGAAAUGAAAGAAAGCCAGGAUCUGAAAAGUCAAAGAAUAGUAGAGGAUGAAGAGAUGGAGAAGGGCAUGUGUUGUGAAGAUGGUGAUGAUGUGAUGAAGACCACGCCACACACAGAAGAAUCCUCUGUGGUGCGGUACAGUGUCAAGACGACGCCAUAUUUACAGAGUGUGAAGAAGACAAUUGAAGGUGAGAUCCCCGCAAGUGGCUCCAGGCGCAAGAGCAACAUCAAAGAUCUGAAGUUGCUGACGCCAGUGCGGCGCUCCGCUCGCAACCAGAGAAAUUCUUCCCGGCUGCCAGCCAUGCUGCUAGAUCACGACCCCUGCGUGUCGUCGCUGGCUGAGCUGGUCCAGCUGGAUGGCGAGUGUAACGCCUAUGUUUACCGGAGGAACCCAGCUAUUCUCUGUGACCUGCCAGACGAGCAGUCUGCGUGAGUGAAAGCGUGUAUCAAGCAGAUGGAUUUUAUUUGUACAUAUUUAUCAUUUCUAAAAGGUCAUAAAGGAAGAUGUUUUAAAAUUAAAAUGGUGUUAUACUGACAGAAGUGUUUGAUAUAAAUGACCUUCACAAUUGUGUGUAACAUGUCUCAUGUGAAUGAAGAACUCGACGCUAAAUAAAAGCAUCACUGGUG